UCUCCCUUUGGCGGAUACACUGUGCCUGGGGUGGGGAACUCAGCACUUUCUGCCCUGUCCCAGCCGCCAUCUCCCCCAAGGAGCUCUGCCUCCCCCUCAGCUGGGGCUGAGAGUGCAAUGAUGUUGACAGCCACUAUGCAGCCUUCCAAAUGGCUUGUGGAACUCCCUGCUACUGGAUGUCAGCUAAGACCCCCAGCUGAACAAGCUGCUGCCCCCUGAAUCAGCCAGGUGCCCCCUGUAUGCUAUGAUGUGUAUCUGCCCCCAUGGCCAGCCCUUCCAGGGGCACAUUGGGGUUGAUGCUUUGCCCAGGAGGCUGUGAUUGGGAGCGGGGGUGCAGAGAAGGGGGUGUGAAUGCCCCAUUGCCAAGCUUGUGAGUCAAAUGUGGGUAGGUGACUCUGUGGAGCAGGGUCCCCUGCAGCAGGAGCUAGCUCUGAGACUGCUGAUCUGUGCACAGGGGCGGCUACGGUGCAGGGCAACCGAGAUCACUGACCCCAGUCUCUCCUCUCCAGCUGGAGAGCGCUGCAGGAACACCGUUGGCUAGGCUCAGGGGACAGGCUGAGGAUGGAGCUGGUUUCGGAGUCAGUCGUGGACCCCGACAUGGAGGAGCUGUUCAGACUUUUCUUGGACGAAGCUGCCGAGGGCGGGAAUGGGACAUUCAGCACAGAGAUUGCGAAGUUACCCACCCCUGGCUUCCAGCCGUCCAAACAGCCGCUCCACUACUGGAUCCGUGACACCAGCCACAAGGCCUUCUACCUGCGGGACAACAGGCUGGUGGCCGCGAACCUGCAGGGCGAAAACGCCAGCCAGGAAGAGAAGGUCAGCGUGGUCCCCAACAGGGGGCUGGAGCGCAAGAAGUGUCCCCUGAUCCUGGGCAUCAAAGGCGGCAGGCAGGGCCUGUCGUGUGGAACAGCCAAGCAGCCCCGGCUGCAGCUGGAGGACAUGCACCUCACUGAGCUCUUCUACAAGUAUGAGGAGGCCAAGCGCUUCACCUUCUUCAAGACCUACAACGGCAGCACGCACCGCUUCGAGGCAGCUGCCUACCCAGGCUGGUUCCUCUGCACCUCAGCAAAGGCCAACGAGCCCAUCAGCCUUACUGCCCACCCGGGGGAAACCGCUAUCAUCGACUUCUAUUUCAAGCGCAAAUAGCCCCUGGGUGGGGGCCGGGCAGCAGGAGCCAGAAACCAGCCCUACCCUGGGGUAUGGUGCUGCUUCAGCCCUGCCCUCUCGGCAGCUAGCCGUGGCAGGGGGGUUAGAGCUACCCACCCCCAAUGGGAACCCCCAGGAGGGCGUGGCAGCCUCAGUUUCCCUGUCUUCCCUGGGCCAGUCAUCUCUUUGACUGGCCAGCGCCUGAGCCCCUGGCAUAUCACUGACCCGUACGUGCGACGGGGCUCAGUUUGUCUCCCGGCCCCAGCACCUUCCCGGGGUUGAAGUCUUAGCUGGCAUGAGAAGCAAGCGACUGAUUUGUACCAGAUCCCAAGUGGGAAUGACACAGCCACUUCUCAGCGCGCACGAGGCCUGGCCCCCCUUUGCUCCCUGUCCCGUUAGAGGGGCUGACGGAGGCACUGCUCCAUACUGCUGAUGGGAAGAGAUCUUGGAUUUUAGCCUGGGGACUGUGUAACUGGCCUGGCCAAUGGGGGAUCUAUGCACCCAGCCAGCAAAGAACCCGGGUCACGCCAUAGCUGGAGGCACCUUUGGGGUCGUUUGCUUCAGCUGCUGCCCUGAGGCGGGAUCGAGUCUGAUGGGUUUCUCCAGCCUGUUCUUAACCCUCUUGUGCCGGGGGUCCCACAGCCUGUAACCAUCGGGGACCUGCUCUGGCACUGGGCCAGCCAUGAUGCUAGGAACUGUCACUCUUGUUUCAGAAUAGCAGCCGUGUUAGUCUGUACCCACAAAAAGAAAAGGAGGACUUGUGGCACCUUAGAGACUAACACAUUUAUUUGAGCAUAAGCUUUCGUGAGCUACAGCU